UGAGAUCCCUGCCGCCGCGAAUGGUCCGUUUCCAAGAAUCUCCAUCCAACCACCCGACCACCGAGGAAGGAGAGGAAGGUAUCAAAGGAGAGAACGACGAAAUGAGAGGAGGAGAAGAGAGAUGGGGGGAAGGAGAGAAGAGGAGAAUAAUAAUAGGGCGGGAAGGGACCGCCAAGGCUUCUUUGGAUGGAGUUACAAACUUGAAAGGUUCAACUUUGCUGGCAUCCCAGAUUCUGUGCAUUAGGACAGAGACCGAGGAUAGGAUUCUUCCCUCCCUGUGUCCUGGAAUCCUGUCUUCUCCCGCCGCUGGAGAUGCAAUGCCAGAGGAAAGCUGGGAUGCUAUGGAAUGGGGACCGCCGCCUUCCGAGGCCUUCCGACAGGUGACGAUCCGGCGCCACCCGGACAGAGGGUUUGGCUUUGUGGCCGGUGGCGAGAGGCCCGUGGUGGUGCGUUCAGUAGUGGCAGGCGGACCCUCGGAGGACAAACUCUUUCCCGGGGACCAGAUCUGGGUCAUCGGUGACGAAGACGUGAGUGAUGUUGCCCGGGAGAGAUUCAUCGAAAUUGUGAGAAGCGCCAAGGAGUCCGCUGUCUUCACCGUGCUGCAAACCCAUCAGUCGCCCAAGUCGGCCUUCAUCAGUGCUGCGAAGAAGGCCAAGCUGAGGUCCAACCCUGCCAAAGUGCGCUUCUCGGAGCCGGAGCCGCCUCUGCUUUUCCGCCCGCAGGAGAUGCUGAAGAAGGAAGCCCUCCUCCUCAUCCCCAACGUCCUGAAGGUUUUCCUCGAAAACGGGCAGGUCAAGUCCUUCACCUUUGACAGCCGCACCACCGUCAAGGAUGUGAUGGCAACCCUCCAGGAUCGCCUUUCCCUGCGGCGAAUUGAGCAUUUUUCCCUUGUCUUGGAAUACCGCAGCCCCGAGCGGAGCCACCAGUUUCUCCUCCUACAGGAGAAGCAGCCUUUGGCCCAUGUCGUUCAACGGACCCACUACCAAGGCAUGCGGUGCCUUUUUCGGGUCAGCUUCUACCCCAAAGACCCUGCUGAACUGUUGCGGCGAGACGCCGCCGCCUUCGAAUACCUCUACAUCCAGAGCCGCAACGAUGUCAUCCGGGAGCGGUUUGGUGCCGACCCCGAUCCGGAGUCGCUCCUGGUCCUGACGGCGCUCCACAUCUAUAUCACCGUCUCAGCCACCCGUCCCAGCCACAAGGUGGCGCUCAGAAACGUCGAGAAGGAAUGGGGUCUGGAGCCCUUCUUGCCUCCCUCUCUGUUGCCAGCUACCAAGGACAAGCUCCUGCGCCGGUCGCUCUCACAACAGCUGAAGGCGCACCAGCGGCGCGGCGCCCAGGUCUCCCCUACCCGGGCCAAGCUCCAGUACCUACGCCUCCUCGACCGGCUGCCCACCUUCUCCGGUGUCAUCUUCCAGACCGUUGGAUGGUAGGGUUUCCGGGUUCUGGACGGCCAGGACACGGCCCCCACCCUCCUGGUGGGCCCCCGCCAUGGCGUGAGUCACGUUAUCGACCUCCGCACCAACCUGACCACUGUCCUGUGCGAAUUCAGCCAGAUCAGCAGAGUCCAACUCUUCCGGGAGAACCCGGGUGUGGCAAGGGUGGAGACCGGCAUUGUGGAUGCAAAGCCGCUGGUGCUUCUGAUGGAGUGGCCAGAAGCCACCAAUUUUGCUGGCCUCAUUUCUGGUUACUGCCACCUACUGGCCGACUCCAGAAGGACGCUUUUCCCGGUCGCACCACCUCCCAUGACCAAGGCAGGCAGAGAGAAGGAGGCUGGGAACCGUAGUGCCUGCAGCAACCGCCGUGCUAUGCCACCGGAGCUGCCACGCCGCCGCCGCCCCGACCUCAACCAGAACCGGAUCUUUGGAGAUGGGGAAACGCGGCCCAGGACCAAGUCGGAUCCAGUGCUGAAACUCCCGGGUGCCGAGGGCGAGGGCUGCGGUGCCAGGCGCGCCCGAGCCCGCUCGGUGGACGGUCCCGGACGGAGCCUGGGCCGUGCUGGCCUGGACCUGACGGCGCUGCCACCGCCGGGCAGCGAGGGCGAUGAGGACGACCCCACCACCGCCCUGGCCAUCGCGGCACCGCCACCUGGCUUCGGAGACAAUAGCUCUGAUGAGGACGACACCCGGCGCCAGUGGGCGGCACCAAGUGAGGAUGCCGGGUGCCAGCUACCGGUGACCUUCGUCGAGGCGGUGGUGCCGGGGUCCCGGACGGUCCGGGAACGAGCCCAGGAUCUCGACGAGGCACUGGUGUCGACCCUGCAGGCCCUGGAAGCCCUGGCGGAGGCGGAGGAUGGACCACCGACGUCAGCCACGGGUCUCAUCGUCCUGGCCGCCCUCGACCCCGACUCCGGCCGUGACGCAGACGCUUCCCCCAACGCCACCUACUUCCUGGCGCAACGGGUCGACCCGGAUGGCUUCCUGGUCCAGAAGGACCUACCUUUCCGCUUGAGAGGCUGUGGGGCGCCCACUUGGCAGGCGAAGACUGGGAAGUCCUCACCAGCGUGGCUCGCUGAGGCCAAACCAAGUCCCAGUGCUCAGCCUUGCCCCUCGAACCCUGAACCAGAGUGUCCCCAGAAGGAGACAGAGAGCUGCCAGGUGCCGGCGGAUAGGAUCCGGAGAGAUACUAUGGUUCCCCCACCCCAGGAAGUGUCUGAUCUCGAACCCAAGGUGCCACACGGAGAGGAUCUGGAGGUCCCGGCGCAGCCGCGGGUGCCCCGGCCGGCGUUCCGCUUCCGGAAGCUCUUCUCAGCGACAUUCCCAGCACGGCUCAAACGGGAGACAGAUGAGCGCCGGACGCAACUCCGGAAAGUGAAGCAGUUUGAACUGGAGUUCCUGGAGCAACUCCUGAAGGGUCCGGCGCCGGGGGGCUGUGGUUGCCCACCUGGCACCAGCCCUGUGCCAACAGCGCCCAGUGUGUCGCGGUGGGACUGCAGAGGGAGAGAGAGUUGCCCACAGCGGGUCGCACAAGGAUUCCCGAGUCGACGGGUGCGCUCAGCCAGCCCAGAGCCGAGAGAUGUGGAAAAGAGCGCCUCCUGCCUGGGGACCGAGUGCGUGGUGGCAGCAGCACCACGCUACGAGAAGCUGCAGCGCCGCGCCAGCGGGGAAGGGGCCGUUCCAGAAGAGGGUGAUCCAGCGCCGCGUUUCCCGGAUGACGUGUGCCCACGGCAACUGGGGCCGGGUGGAGAGGGCUGCUGCUCAGUGCGCUCCUGUUUCUCAGCGCGGGGAGGUGACGACGAAGCCGAUGAGCUGUGCUACUCGGUGCCGCCAAUGCCGGAUGCAGCAGCCCGGACACAGGAGAUUGACCUGCGGGCAGCAUCGGGCCUCGACCGCAUCCGGGAACUGUGCGGGCGGGAGUACGCCUUCCCCGGUGGGUUCUCGGCGGUGAGGCUCGACGCUGAACGGCUGCUAGACGCCCUGCGGCAAUGUGCAGCAGCGGCAGGGAAUGGGGCGUCGGUGCCAGAUGAGGGCCGGCGGGAGCUGGCACUGGCUUUCCGGGAACUGAGGGCCGCCUGCCGGCGGGUGGCAGGCGCUGAAAAGAGCCCGGCACGGCUGCUGCCAGCCGUCGCCGGGAGCUUCCGGGUGCUGGCGCGGUUGGCGGAGACGGCAGCGGUGGUGGGCAAAGAGGCACGGCGGCGGGCACUGCUGGCUCAGGUGGAGGAGGUGGCGAGGAACUACACCGCCCUGGCAAGGGCGGCGGAGGAGUCAGCAGCCAGGCAGGCGGGCGAGGAGCCAGUGCGCCCAUUGACAGCACCGGCGGCAAAGUGAGGCUUGCUGAGAGGACGUUCAGGGAAGUGUGACGAGGCGGCUGUUUUGCGGGGAAGGCGGAGGGCGGCAAUUUUCUCGCAGAGGGCUGAAGUGCCCUGGGCUCCAUUGGCAGGAGCCCGGUCAUGUAGUCCAACUCCUCGGCUCUGAAAGCUGGGAUGCGGUUGGGUGACCCCACCCACUGCAAGAAUUGGCACAGGACCGUCCAGUGGAGAGAGGGAGGAAAGAAGGAAGGGAGGACAGAGGAAGGGAGGAAGGAAAUGGGGUAGGAGGGAGGGACAAAGGAAGGA